AUGCUCCGGACCCGCCUCAAGUCCACGUUGGCCGCCGUCGCCACUGCCUCGCCCAGCCUACGCGGCAUUCCCGUCGCGCCAGAGUUGGGUUUUGGCCCGCUGCGCUGCAGCUUUGCGCACUUUGCGCCCAAGAAUGGCUUCCGCUUCCUCUUUGAGCGCCUCCACGCGCUCCACGCGUGCCUCGGCCCCAUCUUCCGCGUUCGGUUCCUUCCAUUCCAAUCGUACGCGGUGAGCAUCUCGGACCCAGACGCGGUCGCCCAGAUCUACCGACACGAAGGCGCCAUGCCGCAGCGCCAGCUCUUCGCCUUCUGGAAGCUGUACCGCGACGAGAGACAGUGGCCGUUGGGCUUGACCAAUACGAACGAGUACGCCGAGUGGAAGAAGUUCCGGCUCGGCAUGAGCGCGCACCUGCUUCAACCGCACAACGUUCAAUCGUGGCUGCCGCGCCUCGAUGCGGUCGCGCGUGACGUCGCGGCCCGCAUCCAGAGCCAAGCGCGUGCGUCACCGAGCGGCGAUGUGCCCAUGACGCUGACGACCAAGGCGUUUACGCUCGAAGCUGUCUCGUCGAUCGUCUUUGGAAAGCGCAUGGGUUGCCUCUCGCCAAACCCGUCGACGCCCGUGUCUGCACCGGCACAAGCCUUCAUCCGCGCGGUGGACGGCUUCUUCGAGACCACCCAGCAGCUCAUGGCGAUUCCGCCCGACGCGCCGCGCAUCGUGCGCACGUGGGCGUCGGACGUCGACUUUAUCUUCCGCUUGGGGCACGACAUGGUGCGCGAGAAGAUCGCGUGUCGCGAGCCGCGCGCGGAGUCCGAUUUGCUCACGCUCUUUCUGCAGCGGCCCGAGCUCAGCGAGCGCGACGCGGUCGCGCAGGCGCUCGAUGUGCUCUUUGCGGGCGUCGAUACGACGUCGACUGCGCUGCUCUGGGCGCUCUACUGUCUCACGACAUCGCCCAAGAGCCGCGAGAUUCAAGCCAAGAUGCGCGCCGAGGUCGAGUCGGCACUGGACGGCGCCGCGGAAUUCGACGCCAUGAGCUUCGAGAAGCUCUCGUACAUCCGAGCGGUGGUCAAGGAGACGCUGCGCUUGUAUCCGGUGGCCACCCCCAACCAGCGCUACCUCUCGCAGGACAUGACGCUCCUCGGGCACGACCUUCCGAGAGGCACGAACGUGCUCAUGGCCACCUACUCGAUGAGCCGCAAUCCGUCCGUCUUUGAUGAGCCGGAGAGCUUUGUGCCCGACCGGUGGCUGGAGCGCGGUCGCAAAUUGCCCCAGAGCCGCAAGCAGGAGGCGUACUCGACGCUGCCGUUUGGCUUUGGCGCGCGCAGCUGUGCCGGGCGGCGCCUCGCCGAGACGAAAAUGUACCUCUUCUUGGCCCACGUCGUGCGCCGCGUCGAAAUCCAGUGGGCGCCAGACGAGACGCACCCGCACGCAAUUCUCCAGACGAUGCUCAUGCCGGACAAGCCGUUGACCUUCCGCUUCCAGCCGUGGACCUCGUAG